AUGAACAAGUUCACCAUCUUAUUAGUCGCCAUCGUCGCCAUGCUCUUUGUUUCAAUGGCCUCUGCCACCUACGAAAUGCACUGUGGUAACUGCAUCUCCAAUGCUCACAACAACUAUGUCAGAUGUAUUACCGACGGUAACUCUCACCAAAACAGUCAUCCAGCAUACUCUCUAACUCUAUUCCAUUGCAAAAACAAAAUUAGUAGAACUAGAAGAGGUGGAGAUAUAGAUAAGAUUUAUAUUAAUCAUGUCAAAUACUAUACCAUCGUUGCAACAGCAGAACCACAAGACACACCAAGACACGUUGGAGCAGGGUUUGAAGCAGCUCGACGCUGUGCUCAAGCAGCAGGCUGGUCAGCUCAACGAUGA